GCGGCCAGGCCCAUUCUCGAAGUGGGGUGGGUGGCUGCUGCAGAGCCGUAUGAACUGCACAGCGCUGCGCUCCGCCUGACUUCCCCCCCGCCCCCCGCCCUCGGUAGCGCCCGGAGCGCGGCGGCGGCGGGGAGCACCUGGAGCGAGCGGAAACGGAUCGGUGCAGCGUCAGGUGGGAGCUGCUGGCGGCUCUCGCCGGCGUCCACCGCCCGCUCCAACGGCCACCCCAACGGCUGCCGCCAUGAGGCACCUGCCAUACUUCUGCCGCGGGGAGGUGGUGAAGGGCUUCGGCAGGGGCUCCAAGGAGCUGGGCAUCCCCACCGCUAACUUUUCUGAGCAAGUAGUUGAAAGCUUUCCAUCUGAUAUCUCGACUGGUAUAUACUAUGGAUGGGCCUGUGUUGGAAAUGGAGAUGUGCAUAAAAUGGUUUUGAGCAUAGGAUGGAAUCCUUUCUAUAAGAAUAUUAAGAAAUCAGUGGAAACGCACAUUAUCCACACCUUCAAAGAAGACUUUUAUGGAGAAAUUCUUAGUGUAGUCAUAACUGGAUAUAUUAGACCGGAAAAAAACUUUGAUUCCUUAGAGGCGCUCAUCUCAGCAAUUCAGGAAGACAUUGAAGAAGCAAAAAGACAGCUAGAUUUGCCAGAACAUCUUAAACUCAAAGAAGAUAACUUCUUUCAUCUGCCAGAAGGCAAAACAAUGAAUAACCACUGAGCAAACCCAUGCUGCUUUUUUUUUUUUUUUCCAAUUUCCUUUCUUUGUUUUUUUUUUUUUUCCUCCCCGGUCAUGGAUCUUUUAUAUUUGCACUGCUUUUAUAGGUAUUUUGUUUUCAUAUGUACAUCUAGGUAGCUGAGAUUGGAACCAACCAUAAAAGAUUAUUUCAGUCUCCUUGUGUUAAUUCAUCAUUAGCCAGUCGUGCAAAAGGAAUACAGAUAAAUUGUGUAUCCUAAAGUUACUAGUUGUUCAGAGAUCUGAGCACAUGUGGAACAUGACCAAAGUUCAUUGUGACUUCUUCUGACCCUAAGGUAUGGGUAGUUCACUUAGGUGAAGAAUGUCCUUUUUUAACAUACAGAAUGUUAUUCCAAGCUCUUUUCCCGGUUUUAUGUCAUUCUUGCAUAUGGAUUUUAGCUAGUAGCUUAGAAAAUUUUGCUAUCGACUGAAUCAAAUUUCCUGUGGUGCAGGAAGCCAGUGAUUAGAUAGCAAUAGCGAGAUUAAUUCUCUAUAAUUCUUACUCUAUAUAUGCUACACAGCUGUUGUGGUUGAAGCUGUUAUUUUAAUUGAAAUAAUUUAUUUUAACUUUAUUUGAAAUGGAGGAAAUAACUGUUGCGCAUUGAGUUACUGAAAUUUGAGGUAUACUUCUUCAUAGUUGACUGUGCAUAUGACAACACAUGACUUAUGUAGUUUACUUCUGAAGAAGUGUUUCACUGAAAUUCAGGAAAUACAUGACAGAAAGUUGAUAAACUUUAAAAGUUCUGGUGCAAGAGAUGCAGAAACAGUAUGACAAGGCUUCUGCUCAUUAGGCUUUAAGGCAAAAGAGUUAAUGAAAGGCAACCUUGCAUUUUAUGUGCUGCUGGCAUUUGAUUUAGGAAAAUGUGGAGAACAUUGAGGAGUUUCACUACACUGGCAAUAAAAUGUCAGACUUCAAGACUGACCUUAUUGUAAGGCACAGAAAAAUCUCAUCAAUUCUCUGCAUCAAGUGCAGGUAAGAGCCAAGGUUUUGGCUGACCGAGUAGAUCGAUACACAAAUGCAAGUCCUUGGGGAUUCAUGGAAAUCAACACUAUAGUGGGUAUUCGUUAUUUAUUACAAGUAAUUGCAUCUAUUCUUACUCCGAAAUGAAGGGAUAGGUAAAUGGAGGGGUAUUGUCCAAAUUCAUAGUAAUAUGGAAAGUAUGUAAUGUGUACUUCCAAAUCUACCCUUUUCCUUUUUCCUCUGAUAAAUUCUUCUACCCCCUACUCAGUGAGCGGAAGUAGGUAAUCUGAGUGACUUCAUGUUCGUAAUCUUUUGAAUAUCAGCUUGCGAUGUGGCUGGAACAUUUUCUGAAAUUGGAAAUGGUCCUGUGGAUGUGUCUUAACUGUAGUUCUGUGUCUGAACUACCACGUACAAUUUGGAAUGCACGAUUUCUAUAGUGCAAUGUUAUUAAUUUACUACUUGUCCUAUCUUCUUUGAAUCCUACGUUUUACGCUAGAGUUUAAGGGAGUUUUAACAAGGAGGCAGUUUGGGUCUUUGUGGCAGGUACUGUCUGGAUGUUCCAAUUUACAUUGUUUUAACUUUCAGGCAGUCUCAUGGGAUAUUAUUAGGGAAGAUGUCUUGAGCAAAUCAAGGACUCAUGUUUGCGCUAUAGGACUUCAGGAGAAACUUGAUUUCAUUUAGGUGAAUUCUUCACCAGUGCUGUUGAUAGCAGAGACAGAUGGAAUACAGAAUUGGGGAGGGCAGUUAUCACAAAGUAAUUUAGUGGACUUAUACAACAUAAAGUGUUGGAAACUAUUUUUAAAAAGUCUAUAAAAGAACUGUGUUUCAGUAGUGACGGUUGGAUUUUUUUACAUUUUAAAAUGGAGGGAUGCAGGGAGAAAUGUGGGGGUUUUUUUGCAAAGACUUGAGGCAUUCUUGAGAGUGUAAUAAUGUCAAAAUCUUAUUUUACUUCUUU